UGACCUCUGACCCCCCGUGUGUCGCGUUGCAGGGAGACGAUCUCUCGAAUCACGGGUGGCAUGAAGGUGAAGGCCGACCGUGACGAGGCGUCGCCGUACGCCGCCAUGUUGGCCGCCCAGGACGUCGCCGAACGAUGCAAGGUUCUCGGCGUCACCGCACUGCACAUCAAGCUGCGCGCCACCGGCGGAAACAAGACAAAGACCCCGGGACCAGGUUCUCAGUCUGCUCUGCGUGCCCUGGCGCGAUCCGGCAUGAAGAUAGGACGCAUCGAGGAUGUCACCCCCAUCCCGUCGGACAGCACGCGUAGAAAGGGAGGUCGACGUGGUAGAAGAUUGUAAAGUUCUCUGUAUGAUGCAGCCGGGUGUAAAGUAAAUAAAAUUCUACUCAGCAAGAACACCGUAA